AUGAGUCAGGAUGCACAUCAACCUGAAACACCUGAGGAUGUGCCUCAGUUGAAUGACGAUGUUCCUCAUGUGUCUGAUGCUACUCUGGAGAUGACAGGCGUCGUUGAUGCUGCAGACGCAGAGGGAGUGGCUAAUGAUGGUAGUGAGGGUUCACUUGCUGCUGAUGAAGGAUUCCCUGGUGGGCCACGCGACCCAUCGGAACGAAUCAAGCUGAAGUUGGUCUCCCAUGGUAGAAAAGUAGAUAAAUUUGGGAGACCAGGGCCUGAGAUAGAAGGCAUGAUUGCGGCCACCGAAUUGAGUCCACUGAUCAGGUGUUCGGUAAUCACCACUGAUCCUGGACUUACAUCCUCCUUCGUCGAGAGGUGGCAUAGGGAGACCAGCACCUUCCACCUGCCAGUAGGAGAGUUGACGAUCACUCUGGAUGACAUGGCAUCACUCCUACACCUUCCCAUCACUGGCGCACUGCAUACCUUUGAACCGUUGGUUACUUUCGACGCGGUCGUGCUGUUGACUGAGCUGCUUGAGGUCAGCCCUAAGGAGGCUAGAGCUGAGACCCGUCAGGCAUCUGGGCCUCAUGUACGGUUGUCCUAG